UAUUGUAGUUUAUGCUACAACAAAACUGGUUUAUUUUCUGUGGGCAGCCUUUUUCUUAUUUUUAUGUGUGUGUGACUAGGGUUUCAGAUUUUAACUUGCCUUAAUAUGGUUUGGUUUUUAUCAUGAAUAGUGAUGGUGCAGCUGCAUUAGUCCUAGUGAGUGGAGAGAAGGCACUUGAACUUCGAUUGCAAGUAAUUGCAAAGAUUAAGGGCUAUGUUGAUGCAGCUCAGGCACCUGAAUUCUUUACAACUGCUCCAGCCCUUGUGAUACCAAAAGCUAUUUCAAAUGCUGGUUUAAAUGCUUCUCAUAUUGAUUACUAUGAAAUAAAUGAAGUGUUUUCUGAAAGCCUUAACGUACAUGGUGGGGCUGUAUCAUUGGGACACCCAUUAGGAUGCAGUGGAGCUCGUAUCUUGGUCACAUUGUUAAGGAAAAAUAUAUUCACAGCUAGAUCAGCUUCUAUCAGGGAGUAAUUUUAAGUUCACAAGUUUAUGGAUUCAAUUAAAGAGAUGGAAGUCACAUUUGGAAAAGCUAUAAGAUUGGGACGAUAUUCAAUAUGCAAAGCGGUGUUA